AUGGACAAGGCUUUAGCCUCUCAAAUUCUAGCCAUCCUUUCCUGUUUAUUAGCAACUGCAGCAGCAGCAAGAACAAAGUUGUAUGCAAUCAAUAGUCAGGAUGGCUCAUCUGUGGCAUCCCUUAAUGCUAAUGAUGGUAUUUGCAAAUCAGUGGUGGAGCCACAAGGCUAUGCCUGCCAAGAACACAAGGUAACAACAAAAGAUGGUUAUAUUCUUAGCAUUCAGAGAAUGCCUGCUAGGCAGUCCGGUAAGGCAGAAGCAGACAAGCCGCCAGUUCUGCUACAACAUGGGCUAAUGAUGGAUGGCGUAACCUGGUUGAUGAAUUCUCCUGGCGAAUCUUUAGCGUUCAUAUUGGCGGAUAAUGGUUAUGAUGUGUGGAUUGGCAACAGUCGUGGGACUAAAUUUAGCAGGGGCCAUACCUCACUCAGUCCCAAUGAUUCGGUUUAUUGGGACUGGACCUGGGAUGAAUUAGUUGCUUACGACCUUCCUGCUACGUUUCAGUAUGUGCAUGACCAGACAGGGCAGAACCUUCACUACGUUGGGCAUUCCCUGGGAACUUUGAUUGCUUUUGCUGCAUUUUCACAAGAGAAGUUAUUGAACAUGAUAAGAUCAGCUGUUUUGCUCAGUCCAAUAGCUUACCUUAACCAGAUGCCAUCGCCGCUUGCAAGGGGUGCUGUUGAUUUAUUUUUAGCUGAGGACUUGUACUGGUUAGGCCUCCAUGAAUUUAACCCCCAAGGGCAGGCUGCUAACAAGCUUCUGGAAGAUAUCUGCAGUAAGCCUGGGAUGAACUGCUCCAACUUGAUGUCAUCUUUCACUGGCCCGAAUUGCUGCCUGAAUUCUUCUAGGACAAAUUGGUUUCUUGAUCAUGAGCCUCAAGCAACAGCAACCAAGAACAUGAUCCACCUGGCACAGAUGGUUAGGACCGGAACGAUAGCAAUGUAUGAUUAUGGAAAUGAAAAUGACAACAUGGACCACUACGAGCAGCCUACCCCUCCAGUGUAUAACAUGGCAAGCAUUCCAAAAGACCUUCCUCUUUUCCUUGGCUAUGGAGGGAAGGACUAUCUCUCUGAUGUGAAGGAUGUACAAGUUCUAGUCGACAAACUCAAAGAUCAUGAUGGAGACAAGUUGGUGGUACAAUACACAGAUGAAUAUGCUCAUGCAGAUUUUGUUUUCGGUGUGAAUGCCAAUCAACUUGUCUAUGAUCCUUUAAUGGCCUUCUUCAAGAUCAACUGA